UGGCGACUGCAAACAGGCUCAAUAGAAAGCGGGAGCAACCGUGGAGGGGUCAGAGCUGCGGGACGGAAAUUAAAUAAAUAUAUCCGAAUCCUCUGUAGCGGUGAACUUAGAGCGCAAUAAAACAUUAUUUAUCACCUCCAGAAUCGAGGCCGAUUCAAUGGCCAAGAAUCGGAACACUUCGCUCCUUGAGUCGGAGCUCUAUUACUUGAUCUCUCGUUUUCUAACCACGGGUCCAUGUCGGAGAGCGGCUGAGGUCCUGGUGUCGGAGCUGGAGGAGAACCAGCUCCUGCCCGGGAGACUGGACUGGCUGGGAAAAGAACACCCGAGAACAUACGAAGAAGUGGUCGCAGCCAACACACACGUUGCACCAGAUCACUUGCUGCAGAUCUGUAAGCAGGUCGGGCCACUUCUUGACAGAGAGGUGCCGUCAUGUGUCCCAGGCGUCCACUCCCUCCUGGGGCUGGGGCGGCAGUCGAUGCUCAGAACUCCAAAAGACUGCGAACGUGUGCGGUUUAAAUCUUCAUCAUAUGCAGCCCUGCACAGGGGCAGACCACCAGAGAGGCCUUUGAACUGCAAGAAACCUCCACACCUCGUGAAGGUGCAGAGAGGCAGAGAGUUGACAGGAGUGCAGCGCUUCAGCUCCAUCAAUCCUGUCAGCAACUAUGAGCGCAUGCGUCUGCACAGGCGGAUCCUUGGCCACCUGUCUGCAGUGUACUGUAUUGCAUUUGAUCGCACCGGUCUCAGGAUCUUCACAGGCUCAGAUGACUGUUUGGUCAAGAUUUGGUCUUCGAUUGACGGAAGACUUCAUUCCACAUUACGAGGACACUCUGCUGAAAUCACAGACCUGGCAGUUAAUUACGAAAACACGCUAAUUGCUGCAGGGAGUUGUGACAAAAUCAUACGUGUUUGGUGCCUUCGUACCUGUGCCCCCGUGGCUGUGCUGCAGGGACACAGUGGAUCCAUUACCUCCCUCCAGUUCUCACCGUUUGCCAAGGGCUCCAAGCGUUACAUGCUGUCCACUGGAACUGAUGCCACCGUCUGCUUCUGGCAGUGGGACGUCAACAACAUCAACUUCAGUGAUCGUCCACACAAAUUCACGGAGCGACCGCGGCCGGGCGUUCAGACCGUUUGCUCCUCAUUCAGUCCAGGUGGUAUAUUCCUAGCAACAGGAAGCACAGAUGAUGUCAUCAGGAUAUACUAUCUGGGAAGUGGGAGUCCGGAGAAGAUAGCAGAGCUCCAUAAGCACACGGACAAAGUUGACAGCAUCCAGUUUUGCCACUCAGGUGAAAGGUUCGUGAGUGGAAGUCGAGAUGGUACGGCUCGCGUCUGGAAGCUGUGUCACCGACAGCAGUGGAGGUGCAUCCUGCUCAACAUGUCUGCCACUCUGCCAGGCGCCGAAGCUUUGACUGAAGAGGAGAGCUACUUCAAACCCAAAGUCACGAUGGUAGCAUGGGAUCGCCACGACAACACAGUCAUCACGGCGGUGAACAACCAUCUCCUCAAAGUGUGGAACUCCUACACGGGGCAGCUGCUUCACAUCCUCAAAGGUCACGAGGCCGAGGUGUUUGUGCUGGAACCUCAUCCCUUUGACCCCAGGAUCAUCCUGUCUGCUGGCCACGAUGGAAACGUGUUCAUCUGGGAUCUGCAGCGUGGGACAAACACACAGCACUACUUCAACAUGAUCGAAGGCCAAGGUCACGGUGCAGUGUUUGACUGCAAGUUUACACCAGACGGCCAACGCUUCGCCUGCACCGACUCCCACGGUCACCUGCUCAUCUUUGGCUUCGGCAGCUCGAAACCCUACGAGAAGCUUCCAGACCAGGUGUUUUUCCACACUGACUACAGACCUCUGAUCAGAGAUGGUAACGGUUUUGUGUUAGACGAGCAGACUCAGCAGGCGCCACAUCUCAUGCCCCCUCCCUUCUUGGUAGAUGUGGAUGGAAACCCUCAUCCUCCCAGGUACCAGCGUCUGGUUCCAGGCCGGGAGAACAUCGCUGCUGAACACCUGGUUCCUCAGAUCGGCUACGUCGCCACCAGUGAUGGUGAGGUCGUGGAGCAGGUGAUCAGCCAGCAGACGGCCGAGCACGAGGAGGUGACCAUUAGACGCAGCAGCCUCCUGGACGAGGCCAUCAGACAACUCCAGCAGCAGCAGGACCGUCGGGGUGACCCCAGGCCUCAGGCGGGCGCAGAGCGCCAAGCUGAGGCCCAAGGUCCUGCACUGGCACAAGCACCAAACACACCGCGCCGAGUGUCGGUGAAUGAUCGGGCAGAUGUGCAGUCGCCUCCUAACGUAGGUUUGCGCCGUAGUGGACAGGUGGAAGGCGUGCGGCAGAUGCACCAGAACGCUCCCCUCAGCCAAAUUGCCACAGAGAGAGACCUGCAGGCCUGGAGACGGCGGGUGGUGGUGCCUGAACUGGCAACCAGCAGUUACAGGGAACAGGAAGACGUCCGGAUAUUCAGGGCCGACGAGGAGGUGGUUCUGUACAACACGAAGAGGAGGCGCAUUAUCUACAGUGGUCGGGACGAUUCUGACGAAGAACCUUCAGCUACGAAGCGAGGACACGGUCGCGGUGACGCGGUGGAAUAUUUGGAGUUGUCCUGUGAAGAGGGAGAGGAAACUGCCAGCUCCGACAUGCACAGUGAGGAAAAUGAAUUAGACGGUAGUGAUCUGGAGUCGUCUCAUGAUGAAGAGGAGUGGAACAGUGACAGCUCCAGCCACACGUCCAGCGAGUACUCUGACUGGACGGCAGACGCCGGCAUCAACCUUCAGCCCUCCACGCCCUUGUCGUCAAGGAAGAAACGAGUGCAGCGCCGACUGAGCACCACUGAGGAGGAGGAAGAGGAGAACGAGGAAGAGGAGGACAAGCAGCACCACCAGCAGAGUGACGAGGAGGAAAAACCUGUGAAGAAAUCCAAGGGGAAGUCCAAGAAGGAGAAGAACAAGUCUCCCCGGCGUCCAAAGGCCCGGCCGUCCAUCAACAGGGAAGUGUCCAACGAGUUCAGACCCUCACCGUGGAUCACUGAUGUCAUCCCCAGGAAAUCUCCCUUCGUUCCUCAAAUGGGUGAUGAGGUGAUCUACUUUCGUCAGGGACACGAGGCCUACGUGGACGCAGUCAGUCGAAAUGAUCUGUAUCCCAUCAACUUAGACAAACAGCCCUGGAAGAAAACAGAACUGAGGGACCAAGAGUUUGUGAAGAUCACAGGGAUCAAAUAUGAAGUCUGCCCCCCCACUCUGUGCUGUCUGAAACUCACUCUGAUUGACCACGGCACCAGGAAAAUAACCGACAAGUCCUUUUCUGUCAAGUAUCACGACAUGCCAGAUGUUAUCGAUUUCCUGGUGUUGAGACAGAGUUAUGACGAAGCUCUUCGUAGAAACUGGCAACCAAAUGACAGGUUUCGCUCGGUCAUUGACGACGCCUGGUGGUUUGGGACCAUCGUCUGUCAGGAGCCGUACCAGCUGGAAUAUCCUGACAGUCUGUUCCAGUGUUUUAAAGUCAGGUGGGACAACGGGGAAACAGAGAAACUGAGUCCCUGGGACAUGGAGCCUAUUCCAGAUGAUGCCGAGCAGCCGGAGACAGAAGGGGGCGGUAUACCGGUGACGGCAGAGGAGAUGAGUGAGCUGAUGUACAAACCUGUGUCAGGAGAGUGGGGAGAGAGGAGCAGGGACGAGGAGUGUGAACGCAUCAUGUCUGGCAUCGACCAGCUCAUCACCGUCGAAAUUGCUGCUCCAUUCUCUGGUCCCGUGGACCUGGUCCAGUAUCCCACCUACUGCACUGUCAUCGCCUAUCCCACCGACCUGGGAACCAUCAAACUGCGACUCUUGCACAGAUUCUACAGACGCCUCUCAGCAUUAAUUUGGGAUGCCAGAUAUAUUGCACAUAACGCCCGUACGUUCAAUGAGCCGAGGAGCAAGAUCGCCCACUCUGCAAAGAUCAUCACCAACGUUCUGCAGAAAUUCGUCAAUAAUCCAAGCUGCACAGAUAUCAUGGAGAUUUAUAACGCGGUGGAAGAGAUGGAUGAUGAUGAAGAGGAUGAAGACACUGAAGCACCAGGAACCUCAGCCGGGCAACGGUUGCGGCAGCGUUCUGUAGAGGUGCUGCCAGACAGAGACGCCUGGAAGGAAAAGUGCAAGAAUCUGCUGAACUACAUCUUUGAGUGCGAGGACUCCGAGCCCUUCAGACAACCUGUGGACCCUCAGAACUAUCCAGACUAUCAUGACAUCAUCCACACGCCCAUGGACUUUGGCUCAGUGAAAAGAACCCUGGAGGAAGACCACUACGAAAACCCCAUAGAACUUUGCAAAGAUGCUCGUCUGAUAUUUGCCAAUGCUAAAGCCUAUACACCCAAUAAACGCUCCAAGAUUUACAGCAUGACACUGCGUCUUUCUGCCUUCUUCGAGGAGAAAUUCAGAACAAUCAUAUCCGAGUACAAAACUGCUGUGAAGAGCAGUGACAGGCUGCGCCGCAGUCAGAGAUUCAGGAAGAAACUACAGCAGCAGGAUCAGCCCACUGCCACAACACGCCAAAAGAAGGCUGCAGUCAAAACUCAGGAAAAAGUGGAGGUGAUCUCAGUGACCAAAUCUACCUCAGCCAAAGUGUCUGCUCCUGAACGAGCCAGGAGGAGUCGGAGCAGCAGCUCAGGUCACAGCUCCUCAGAGGACGAGUCCAAAGCUGCUUCUACAUCAGAGUCUGAGAGCGAGAGUGAGCGAAGUGAAUCAGACGAGGAGAAACAACAAAGUUCCUCGAAACACCAUCAAAGUAGACAAAAGUCACGAGUGACCAGAAGCAAAUGUGCCAAGAAAAGGAGAAAAGUUCCAGAGAGCGAUAGUGAAGAAGAGGCGGAGGAUGAAGAGCUUGACAGUGAAGGUGAGGAGAGCGAGGAUGGAGAAGUGUCCUCCUUGUCCUCAGGGCCCAGCCGCAGGAGUGAGAAGAGGAGGAGUAACUGGUCGACCAGGAACAGUGUGGCUGCAGACAGGAAGAAGACGGAGAGCAGAGUGGAGAUGAACGGUCACAGCAGCCGGUCGUCUCGCAGGGAGAGACGUAAACGGUGGGACACUGACAGACCGACGUCCCAGGGCUCGGACCGGGGGGAGGGCGAAGUCAACGGCCGCGGGUCACUCAAGAGAAAGACGGCCAGGGCCGCUGUAGACAGGAUCAAACUCCUCGAAGUGUCGGACGACGACGACGAAGAAAAAGUGGAGGCAGUGCCAAAAAGGACCAGUAGUCGACAGGCGGCGCGAGCUGGCAAACGCAGCGCUGUGAUCCAGAGUAGCUCUGAUUCUGACGGAGAGAAUUCAUCACAGGAACCACAAAUUACAAAGAAAUCGGACCACUCAAAGGAUGAGGAAGAUGAGAGUGACACUGAUGCGUCAUCGUCGUCCCAGAAUCGUCAGGGUAAAAACAACACGUCCAACAAACUAGGGACACCAAAGAAAGCUGCUGCCACAAAGGGAAAUGCAGAAACUCAGUCCCACGUAAAUGGACAUGGUGCAAAACACAGGACUGGCAGCAGCUCUGACCAGGAGGAAAGUGUGGACGAGAGCUCUGCAGAAGCUGGAGAACAAGUUUCUCAGAAACGUUCAAGAAGCACAGUAACUACAUCAGCCAGGAGUAAAAGGAUCACAAGUGAUGAAGAUGAUGAGGAGGAGGAGGAAGAGGAGGACAGUGAACCCAGGACUACAAGAGAGAAAUCUCCUUUGAACUCUGAUGAAGAGGACAAAGACGAAGGUUUUCAGAAACCCUAUCACAAUGGGAAAAAGGUGGACAAAAGCACCGUGAAAAACUCUAACAAAAAAAGCAAAGCUUCUCCGUCAAAAAGCCAAGAUACACAAAAAUCUGCCUCAAAUAAAAAACUCAAUGGUGCAGAAUCAGAUGAACGUUGUGAUUCUCCACGGAGACCACGGAGUCGACAGAGAAGGAACGUAAGAGAUGAAGAAUCGGAUCAGGAAAGCCAUCACUCCAGAGAAGAAUUCAGGUCGACACGAAACAGGAUCCAAUCCAAAAGGACUCGUGGAGAGUCUUCUACCUCUGAGAGUUCUGAGCAGGUAUACAAACCCAAGAGUAAGUCUCGGAGGAAACGUUCCACCGGUUCAUCAGAGGAGGAGUCGGAUGAUUCGGACUACGCCUCGAGUAAAAGGCGAAAUCUGCGAACGCUUCCAAAAAAGAAAUAUAUCAGCGACAAUUCUCUCUCAGAGGAAGACUCUGCUUCUGUCAGUCUGAACAAACAGAGGAAUAACAACAAAACAGCCAGAGUUUCAAGGUCAGACAGAAGCAGCAGACCUUCUCCUGCUGAGACCAGUAAUCACCUGCAGUCUUCCAAGAGAAAACGCAUUUACAACUCUGACUCCGACAAUGGGGUAGAGGAAGGAAAGAGGAAGAAGACGACAACGGUGUCAUCAAACAGUAAAAACACAAGCUCACCGAAAGUUCCCCAAAAAGAGUCUAAACGUGGGGGCGCUAAAAGCAUUAAGAAGAACGACACUUCCCAGUCUGAUUCUGAGGAGCAGGACAAAGAUGUCAGUUUUUCAAAAAGAGGGAAAAACGCAAGGCAGCCAAAACACAAACAGAAGGAGAAACGCAGCAGUACCAGCAGUGACAGCAGUUCUGACUCAGACAGCGAGAAGUCGUCGUCAGCCUCUGCCAGCUCAGGGUCCCACAGCAGUCCAAAGAGGAGAAGUCACAGAAAGUCUGGCAUCGGCCAAAGGACUUCCAGUCAUCAGCUCAGGCAGCGCCGCAAGCACUCUGCCUCAGACGAGGAGGAAGAGGAGGAGGAGGAGGACGGGGGGAAAGACAGCGACGAAUCUUACAGCAAAUCCCGGCGAAAGACACGUGUGAACACCCGGAACCGGGGGAAGCGUACGGUGAACUAUCAGUACAGCGAAUGAAGGACGUAGCUGCUUUGGGACAGUAACUGGAGAUCUUAAUGACAGUCAGUAGCCAUGUUAUGGUAGUAGCACUGGAGUCCUCGAGAGUAAAUGCUGUGAAUCUGUUUCAUUCAGGGAUAUUUAUAUUUUCUAUGAAAAAAAAAAAGAAUUAUGUUUAUAGAUAAAAUACACAUUCAAGCAUUUGAACCUGGCUUUCACAAAUGCAGAUGCAGAGCAGGACACCACAGCCCACACUGCUUAUUGUGAUUUGGCCAGCAGAGGAGCCGAUUGUGGGGGGGCAGUGGGGUGGGGUGGGGUCUUUGUCAGCUUGGGUGCUAUCUAAUAUACCUCUGUUUAAUCAAGCAUAUUGCUGGCUUGCACUAAGAUACACUGUAAUGAGGUAUUUCUUUCAUACACUAGAUUUUGCAUUAGAAACUCAGGGGUCAAAUAAGUUUACUGUAGUCUCAGACAUGCAGUUUUGUUUUUGUGUUUUUUCUUUUCUUUUUUCUUUUCCUUUUUGAUCCAAGAGGAGAAACAGACUUGACUGCAGCACUCCUUUUCUAAACCCACCCACACAUACAGCUCAACUGUAUUGUUCUGAUAUGAGCCAAAUGAACCUGUAUGUUUAUUUCCAACCCCCAUUUGUUUCAUCUUUUCAUUGGUUUUGUGUUUUCUAGCAAUUAGUUGUAAAUAUUUAAUUGGAUUAAAUUGAAAGGCCUGAUUUGUCAGUAGCAAUGCAUUAUUUAAAUAUAAGGUUUUUUUUGGUUUUUUUUCUUUAACUUUGACUGCAUUGUCUUGCCAUAUGUCACAAAUUGGUACCUGUUUUGCCCAGUACACAUAACCAAGAGUAUUGGCUGCAAAAUGCUGUGAUUUCUCAUAUUGGGAAGACGUUAUUGUCCUGUUUCCUAUUUUUCAGUAUUAAUUUUUUUUUUCCAGAGUUGUCUUAAACGUAUUGCCAGUCUUUAUGGUUUAGUUUUGUUGAUGGGGAGGUUUCCAAAUAGUUGCUUUAUGACGUUUUGCAAAAUGUUUUUCAUACUACACCUUUAAUAAACAGAAUUGGCAGAAAAUCUAUCAACAAAUGUGGUUGUGGAGUGAAGUGGAUGACUAACAGCACCUAUCAAUAAAGUCACAAUUUCAAGUUGUA